AAUGCUUUAAUUCAAAAAAAAAAAUUUGUAUUUAUUAAACUAAACUUGUAAACAUACAUUAAUAAUAAUAACUACUAUUGUUUUUCCUUUACUUCUCACAGGCAAACUUCAUGUGAAUAUGAUAAAAUAAGCAUGUGAUACUAUGUCUGUAUUUAGUGAUUUGACUCAGUGGAGUAACAGUCACUUAUCAUAAAAAAAACAAGCAUAAAUUCAUUAAAUCAUUUAUUAUUUUCUCUUUCUUUUUCUUUAACUAAAAGACCCACAUCCACAUAUAAAACAGUUAAAUAUCUAACAUGUCUUCUCGAAUUGCAAAUCUUAUUAAGUCAAAUGUUCCCGGUGUUGCUAUUUUAGCACCUGUCACUACAACUGAAGCGGAGAUACUUUCUCCUCAAGCUUUACAGUUCAUUGCAAUUCUUCAACGAACCUUCAAUCCUACUCGUAAAGCUUUAUUGCAAAAGCGAGUUCUUCGACAACAAGCUCUUGAUCGAGGUGUUCUUCCCGAUUUUUUACCAGAAACAGCUUACAUUCGUAAUGAUCCUAACUGGCGUGCUGCUCCUCCUGCUCCCGGUCUUCAAGAUCGUCGUGUAGAAAUUACUGGUCCCGUUGAUCGUAAGAUGGUUAUUAAUGCAUUGAAUUCUGGUGCAAAAACUUUUAUGGCCGACUUUGAAGAUUCUACUUCUCCUACUUGGGAAAAUAUUAUUAGUGGCCAAGUUAAUAUGCGUGAUGCUGUUAAUGAAUCGAUUGAAUUCACUAAUGCUAAUGGUAAGAAAUAUGCUCUUCGUAAGGAUGGUCAAAUUGCAACACUUCUUGUUAGACCUAGAGGUUGGCACAUGGUUGAAAAACAUGUUCUUGUCGAUGGUGAACCUAUGUCAGCUUCUAUCUUUGAUUUUGCCCUUUACUUUUUCCAUAACGCAAAAGAACUUAUUAAGCGUGGUAAAGGCCCUUAUUUCUAUUUACCCAAGAUGGAGUCUCAUUUGGAAGCCAGACUUUGGAAUGAUAUUUUCAAUACCGCUCAGGAUAUGCUUAAUAUUCCUCGAGGUACUAUUCGUGGUACAGUCUUAAUUGAAACUCUUCUUGCUGCUUAUGAAAUGGAUGAGAUUAUUUAUGAACUCCGUGAUCACUCUGCUGGUUUGAAUUGCGGUCGUUGGGAUUACAUCUUCUCCUUUAUCAAGAAGCUUCGCAAUCAUUCCCAAUUUAUUUUACCUCAACGAUCCUCUGUAACAAUGACCGUCCCUUUCAUGGAUGCCUAUGUUCGCUUACUAAUUCAAACUUGCCAUAAACGUGGUGUACAUGCUAUGGGUGGUAUGGCUGCUCAAAUCCCUAUUAAAAAUAAUCCUCAGGCAAAUGAAGUGGCUAUGACGAAGGUUCGUAAUGAUAAGCUUCGUGAAGUCACAGCAGGCCAUGAUGGCACUUGGGUAGCACAUCCAGAUCUUGUUAAAAUUGCUCUCGAAAUCUUUGAUAAACAUAUGCCACAACCUAAUCAAAUUCAUGUUCGUCGUGAUGAUGUAAAGGUGACAGCUACAGAUUUGUUGGAUAUUAACUUUAAGGGAACAAUUACAGAGGAAUCUGUGCGUGAAAAUAUUGAAAUUGCUUUAGCUUAUAUGGAAGCCUGGUUAAGAGGUGUUGGUUGUGUUCCUAUCUUUAAUUUAAUGGAAGAUUUGGCUACUUACGAAAUUUCUCGAUCGCAACUCUAUCAAUGGGCCCAUCAUAAAGUGCAGACCGAUAAAGGAAAGGUGGUUGAUGGUGAAUAUAUUUCCAAAAUUUUAGAUGAGGAAAUUCACAAAAUUCAAAAGAAGCUCGGUGAUAAAUAUGAGAAUUCCAAAUAUGAAGCUGCUAAGAAGGCCCUCGCUACUAACGUUACAGGCAAACAUUAUGAUGACUUCCUUCCUGAUUUACUUUAUGAUGAUAUUGUUUCUAUUAGUUCUAAUGCUAAAUUAUAAAAAAAAAAAUACCAAUAUAUACAUUUAUAUGCGUAUAUUGAAUUUUGAUCAAGAUUUAU